AUGGCAAGGGCAAAGAAUCUGGGCGGCGAUUUCAAGAACCUGGAGCUUCAAAAGCGGAAUACCGAGUUGAAACUUGCAGAGUUUGCUAUUCAUAUUGAUGUUUCCGACCUAAUCUCGCUGGUAAAACACUUCGAUACACUGGCCUCUCAGGAGAAGAUGUUAGGGAGGCCCAUUUUGAUUGCUCCUCAUAUUGGCGCAAGAGAGAUUUUAAAUUCAUGA